CGUGCGCGUUCGCCUUGCGCCGUACGCCUGCAAGCAGAACAACCGCUUUCAGUCCGACGUCGAUGGUCUGCGCGCGCGCACGUCGUCGCGCCGUCAGCAGCGAUCGCAAUGUUUUGAUAGUAUCCAAGUAUCGACUCGAUGGAGUCCAACCAGAGUCAAUCCUAAGUAUUCUCCACUUCUCAACGUCUCACCGACGACGACGACCACGGCAACCAUUAGUACAUUGCGGUUGGCUCCUACGCCGGUGGGAGUGGUGUGAUAAACAAGCGCCGAUCGUGUUUUGUUUGUGUGAAACAAAUGCCAUCGUGAGUCGCGGUGUUAAUAACAAAGCAGUGUCCGCAGCGUUCACGGGCGAUGGCCGUGCAGCAGCUGCAGCAGCCGACGACGGCAAGAAGGUGUUCGUAGUGCGUGCGCACUACGAUGGAGGAAAGCGGCGGGCACAAGUCGCGCUGCCGUUCCAACUCGGCGCGAGUGUUGCACUUCGAGGAGCUGGCGGCCGCCCCCGGCGCAAGCGGGGCGAACCUCCUGCCACAUGUUCAAGCGCAUAAAACAAAUGCCGCUCACGUUACAGACGCGGGCCCAUCCAAGCAUCAUCAUCACCAACAUCCCCAUCAUCAUCAGCAGUCGCAGCCGCUGCAGGCGCCUGUCGUGACGAAUCUGGUACGCAUUCGUAAUUCUACACUGGGAAAGUCUGCGCCAUCAUUGUCUGUCAAUAUGAGGGAUAACGGUGUGAAUCGAAGAAGUAAUCGUCCUGGCGCCGUCCACCGGCUGAGUUUCAUCGCCAACACGUCGCCGACGCUGCCGCGGUCCCAUUCGCCUAUCUGCGGCAGCCCCAUCGAUUCGCCACGCAAUCACAAUAGUUUUAUCAAUUUUUCCUUCGCUCCCAUCAAAAGGAUCGCUGCCGGUUAUCGCGGUGAUGGACGUCGUUGGUCCGUUGCCUCAUUGCCCUCAUCGGGUUAUGGCACCACACCGGGUAGUUCAAAUAUGUCUUCAAAGUGUUCAAGUCAUGAAAAACUUCAUCAAUUACCGCACAUCCCGACAUCGGACGAUAUGCGCAUCCUCACGCACCAUUUCUCGAGCAACGAAAGCAAUGCCUCGCUUGUGGGCUACGAGGACGGCAUCCACCGGUCACCGCUACACCGACCGCGUUCUCGCAGUUUAAGUAGUCCUAGUCGGUCACCGGUCGUUGAUAGCGAAAUAUCGAUGAUGAAUGUAAUGUACAAAGAGCGCUUUCCGAAAGCCACUCAACAAAUGGAGGAGAGACUUACACAUUUCAUCGCCGAGAACAAAUGCGCGCUCGAACCGUGCGAGAGCUGCGAUUAUCUGCCCAUCGUUCGUUUUGUUCACCAUCAAGUACUCGAAGUUGCGCGCGAUUGCCUGUCCAAAUCACAAAACAAACUCAUCACCAGCCGAUAUUUCUUCGAAAUGUCCGAAAACCUCGAACGGCUUCUCACAGAAACAAAAGAAAAGUCGGAGGAAGCCGCCAAUGAAGUGACGGGCCUGAUAAAGAAGCUCCUGCUGAUUAUUUCAAGACCUGCCAGGUUGUUAGAGUGUUUAGAGUUUGACCCCGAAGAGUUUUAUCACUUUCUAGAGGCGGCCGAAGGGCAACUCAAGGGGUUAUCCGGCAUCAAAGCUGAUUUACCACAGUACAUCAUUCAAAAACUCGGUUUAAAUCGCGAUCCAAUCGCGGAACUUCAACAGGAGUUACGCGACUGCAGCUGGAGUAACACCCCAUCGAAUAGAUCAUCCCUGUGUUUGACUUCGACACCGACAAGUGGUGUUCCACCUUCUGUACCUGGCGCAACAUGUCCCGGUGCUUCAUCUUCUUCAACAGCGACAGCCACGCCAUCUGGUAGCAAGUGGCAUACUAACCCAAAUGAGCAAGACUAUGAAAUAGUCAAGCUUAUCUCCAACGGAGCGUACGGCGCUGUGUACCUGGUGAAGCAUAAGCUGAGCAAACAACGCUUUGCGAUGAAAAAGAUCAACAAGAAUAACCUCAUGCUGCGGAAUCAAGUGGAGCAAGUGUUUGCCGAACGUGAUAUUCUUAGCUUUGCGGAUAACCCGUUUGUGGUGUCGAUGUACUGCAGCUUUGAGACGCGCAAGCAUCUUUGCUUGGUGAUGGAGUAUGUCGAGGGUGGGGAUUGCGCUAGCUUGUUGAAGAAUAUCGGGCCGCUGCCGCCGGACAUGGCGAGGUUCUAUUUUGCUGAGACGGUGCUGGCGGUCGAGUAUCUGCACAGCUAUGGGAUCGUGCAUCGGGACCUGAAGCCCGACAAUUUGCUGAUCACGGCUUUGGGGCAUAUUAAACUCACGGAUUUCGGGUUGAGUAAAAUGGGAUUAAUGUCAUUGGCAACCAAUUUAUACGAAGGCUACAUCGACUGUGAAACGCGUCAAUUUUCCGAUAAGCAAGUCUUUGGCACACCUGAAUACAUCGCCCCGGAAGUAAUCCUUCGACAAGGAUAUGGUAAACCUGUGGACUGGUGGUCCAUGGGUAUUAUUCUCUACGAAUUCUUAGUUGGCUGUGUUCCAUUCUUUGGUGAAACACCAGAAGAACUCUUUGCGCAUACAGUGAAUGAUGAUAUUGAAUGGCCUGACAGCGAUGAUUGGUCCGUACAAGAAGAAGUGAAAGACUUAAUCAUGGUCCUUUUGCAACACUCACCGCGCGAUCGUUUAGGCACAGGCGGUGCACAAGAAGUCAAAGAACACGUUUACUUCACAGGUCUCGAUUGGAAUUCACUCCUGCGACAGAAAGCCGAGUUUGUCCCACAAUUGGAAAACGAAGACGAUACGAGUUACUUCGACACGCGCGUGGAUCGCUACAAUCACGACCUGGAAGACGACACGGAUGACACGGCUGAUGAUUCGCCGGUGAUUGGUUUGUUUUCUUCCUGCUCGCCGCAGUACCGUAAAGUGCACUCAUCGCGUAUGAGUUUGAACGCGGAACUAGAGGGCGCUGUAGCUAGCGGUGUGGGUAAUUUCAACUAUGGCGGAGCGGAAGGCAUUCGUAUUUUAACCUCGGUUGCUACCACGCCUGACGCACCGGAAAUGGCGGAUUAUCGUAGAGUGAGGCAGAGUUUACUUACGCCCGAUAAGGAUUAUUCGGAUGUGAUGCCGCUGGAUAGAAAGUUGAUGGAUCUCAAUCGAACUGUGAGCACGCCGGAGAGCUCACAGACCGACAGCGAUGAUGUUUCACCGCAAAUCACGCGCCGUAGGAAGAACGUGCACACGAGGGAUUUGCUGCCCAAGUUUUCGAUUUCCAUCGAGGAUGAUACUUUGAUGAAACAUUCCAAUCUUGAAAAGGAGAAGGAGAAAGAAAAAGAGAUGCAAAACGCAUCAGCGCAGAACUCCAAUUCAAUUUCGUUGAAUUUGAAGUUGAAGGAUAAUCAGGGUGAGAAAGCGAAAGAGAAGGAUAAAUUUACGCCGCAGAAACACAAAAGUCGCGCGGUUGUGAAGAGUGCCUCCGCUUCCGGUCUCUCGUUGAUGAUUCCAUCGGAUGAUUUCCAGACACCGCCCAGUGUUCAUUCUCCUGGUGGCGGAUUGUCUGGUAUGUCGGGAAUUAGUGGUGGGGGGUCAAGCACGGCAAGUUCGAGAGAUACGUCGCCUUGCCGCGAGUUGUCGCCACUGGUCACCAAUCUCAAACCGCCGAUUAUUAUUCGUCGCGGGCCGAAAGGUUUCGGGUUCACCGUGCACACUAUUCGGGUGUAUUACGGAGACACUGAUUUUUACACGAUGCAUCAUCUUGUUAUGGCUGUCGAUGAAGGAAGCCCUGCUUUUGAAGCUGGACUCCGUCCUGCUGAUCUUAUAACUCACAUAAAUGGUGAGGCUGUUCAGGGUCUGUACCACACACAAGUUCUACAGUUGUUAUUGGGAGGGGCGGAGCAUGUGAGCCUACGCGCCACGCCUCUGGAUCAAACGUCGAUUCAAAGCGGUGGGCGUAAACGCGAACCAGGCCAGAGUAAACUUGCUAAGCGUAGUAUACAUAGGCAGCGGAAACAAAAGAGGGAUAAUGAAAAACGGCGAAAAACUUCGCUUUUCCGUCGGAUUUCCAGCAAGCGCGCUAAUGUUGAAAUGCAACAGAUGGCGGCAACUAUUCAGUCUCCAUUGACGGUGACGCCUAGUAGGAGUUUCUCUUCGUUUCCACGCAGUCAGGACACUACACCUUCGACGUUGAGAAGUGGUUCGCAUUCUCAGCGAGCCAGUUUGUCGCCAUCGGACUCCUUCAGUCAGCACUCUUCGUCAUCAUCCUCGCAGUCGCCUUCUAGCUCGCCCAACCAGAGCUCCUGCUCCACGUCAGGCAGCCCUGCUCUUGGCAUCGGCGCAAAUCGUAAUAAACAGCACUAUCAGCGUCCAUCCACCUUGCAUGGCUUGAAGCAUAAGCUGCAUUCGAACGCGUGCACGCCGAAAAGCUUGCACGCCGGCGUGGGCGGCGGUGGCCCUUCGGCGGCCGUCGUCCCCAAUCGGCGCAAGUCGGUCGGCCACAUCCCGCUCUCACCGCUCGCGCGCACCCCAUCGCCAUCGCCGCUGCCGGCGUCGCCGACGCGCUCACCCAGUCCGUUGGCUUUUCCAGUUGGACAUCAACCUGGCGCGUCUAACACCACGCAGAGCUACAGUCCCUCGGCGACCGCUAGCGGCAACGCAUCCGGCAGCAACUCCGCUCCAACAGCGCCACUUGCCGGCUGCGGCCAACCGAAGAAGUUUGUACGCGCGAAGGCGGCCGAACCAGGCUCGCCACUUCUACGUCGGGCGUUGUCACCCGAUCGGCUGCAUCCGCGCAGCGCCGAGAGUAAGUGUUCCAUUUCGCCGUUGUGCUCGUCAGGAUCGACGCAGGUCCAGAAGGCUCAAACACGAGGUGCUAACAGCGCUAUCUGGCGGUCCAUGAGUCAGCCAGAAGUGCCAUCAAUGCGUGAUACGCCUCCUGCGCCAUCUGCGCAUGAACCUAAUGACACGGCAACUACAAGCGAAGCAAUCCUUACGUCAACUCCCGCCGCCAUUAUUACAACUGCUCCCACAACGGUGUCUACAACUACAUCAACGUCGGAGAACCGGCUGUCACUGACGCUUGCCGGCCCCGGUGAACUUCUGCCUCGCAUCGCCGAAGAGAAAGACUCACCGACAAAUCCUGAAAAUCUCGCAAAGUCGGUUGUGCCCACCAGCCCUAAAGACACUAAGGAAAACGAGAAGGAAACGAAAGAGAAAGAUAACAGCAAAGAUAAGAAACAAAAGAAAGACGCCAAGUCCUAGUAAUUUUCUUACAUAACCUUAUCGAUAAUUUGUGUCACACACACAACUCUCUUUCACUUGUUUCGUAAUGUUAGUACCUGGAUUUUCAAAACCUCAUUGUUUGUUCUACGUAAACAUAACCUGUCUAAACGUAAGCUUACUUAAUUUCAAAUGAUUGUAGGCGCGUAACAAACGGUUAUGAUGGUUGCCGGACGAUUAGGCGGUUCGGAGUUUUAUCACGUGUGUCAUAUAUAAUCUAAGGUAUUUAAAUAAUUCUCAAUGUCAUGAACAAAUGGUAUGUAAGACAGCUGACUGUAAUCUCCAUUGAGGUUAGUUCAGCUCACAUGCACAGCUUGUGCCUAAACCAAUUCUUCGAUUAAUCUGACUUUUGACGUUGAACUGUUCAAAUUAGCGCAAAAUUAAGAUAUUGCAAGAGAAACGAAAUUGUUCCCAUGGGUCCAAUUUAAUUUUUGUUUGAUCAUCAUGUCACGAAUUUGGUUAUGUUGAAUAACUGUAUAUUAUUUUCGUUUCUAAGUUCAAGUUUUGUAUAGUAUUUCACAUUUUUGUACAUACCGCAACACAAGUUGCACUCAGAUGCACACAAUAUGGCCGCCGUGGCGUAUUCUGUUGGAAGUUAUUUCGUUAAUUUUCGUUCUCGAUCGAUGUUGAAUGUGAUUUUUAGACUCGAAAGCCGAGCACGUACGAAUUCGUAGUUGAUUUUAAUUUGUAUAUGUAAUUAGUGUAAUUGUAUAGUUAUGUCGUCGGGUAGCUGAGCAGUGAGAGGUUAGACAAGGUAACACAUAACAAAAGGCUAGAUUCUAGGUUAUGCUCAUUGUGAGCCCCGCAGCAAUUUCAUCGUAGUCACAUAGUAUCGCUAUUUAUUUACGUUCAGCCCUAUCAACAAACAAUAACAAACACCCAUUAGAUAUUUAAACAUAAAGCAUUGCAAUUUAUAUUACUUGAAGUUGUGAAAUUCAUAAAAUGUGCGCAUAGAUGCAAAGCAGGAGCAACCAAACUAUCAUAAAUUGUUUUCGUCUUGACGAGAACUUCUGUGAGAAA